CACACACUUACUUUACUAGCCAGAGAGAGGGGAGCUGUAUUGUCGAGGCUGUACACACUGUACUGUCUGCCUGAAGCCUGUGCUCACACACUUGCAGCCAUGCAGGAGCAGUGGCAGAGCAGCUCUGAGAACAGGCCGCCGGCAGUUCAGGGCUCCCAGCAGCAGACCCACACUCCGGCCUGUCUGAACCCCAGCCCAAACCCGGCCCUGAUGAACUCGCCCUGGUAUCAUUAUCAGGAUGACGAGUCACCACCGGAGCACAGUUACCCCCGAUUGACUGGUGAGGUGCGAGCGCCAGAGCUGGUGCAUGUAUCCGAGAGGAACCUGUCAGAGAUUGAGAACGUGCAUGGCUACGUCUCCCACUCACAUAUCUCACCACUGAAGGCAAGCCCAGCACCAAUUAUAGUCAACACAGACACUCUGGAGUCGGUACCUUAUGUCAAUGGGACAGAAAUUGAAUACGAAUUUGAAGAGAUUACGCUAGAACGGGGUAACUCAGGGUUGGGGUUCAGUAUAGCAGGUGGGACAGAUAAUCCACACAUCGGAGACGAUCCUGGAAUCUUCAUCACCAAGAUCAUCCCUGGUGGUGCAGCAGCUGAGGAUGGCAGGCUCCGGGUGAAUGACUGUAUCCUGCGUGUGAAUGAAGUGGACGUGUCUGAGGUGUCCCACAGCAGGGCUGUAGAGGCGCUGAAGGUGGCUGGUUCUAUUGUUCGACUCUACGUGCGCAGAAGAAGACCCAUGCUGGAGACCAUCGUCGAAAUCAAACUCAUCAAAGGACCAAAAGGGCUGGGGUUCAGUAUUGCGGGUGGAGUGGGUAACCAGCACAUUCCGGGCGAUAACAGCAUCUACGUUACUAAGAUAAUUGACGGAGGAGCGGCACAGAAGGAUGGCAGGUUACAGGUUGGGGACAGGCUCCUCAUGGUUAAUAACUACACUCUAGAGGAGGUGACUCAUGAGGAGGCAGUAGCUAUACUGAAGAACACAUCAGAUGUUGUGUAUUUGAAGGUGGGAAAGCCCACUAGUGUUUACCUUUCAGAUCCCUAUGGGCCUCCCGAUAUUACCCACUCAUUUUCCCCUGCUAUGGAUAAUCAUAUCUCUGGUAAUAACGGGACUCUGGAGUAUAAGUCUAGUCUUCCCGCCAUCUCCCCUGGACGUUACUCACCCCUGCCGCGCCACCUGCUGGGGGAGGAAGACAUUAACAGGUUGGAUGGCUUUUCAUUCUUACGAAAUCCCUCCUUAGAUGACACUGAGGGCCACAGGUUUGAGUCCCAGCACUUCCAGUUGAGGCCUCCAGAGCCAGUUUACAGCACUGUGAAUAAACUGUGUGAUCGUGCUCCUUCUCCCCGUCACUACUCCCCUGUGGAGUUUGAUAAAAGCCCAAUGCACUCCGUCCCUUUCCCCCACUAUCACGUAGGUGUGCUCCCUGACUCCGACAUUACCAGGGAACCGAGGAAGAUUGUACUGCAUAAGGGCUCCACCGGACUGGGCUUUAACAUCGUAGGAGGAGAAGAUGGCGAGGGAAUCUUUGUGUCCUUUAUCCUGGCAGGAGGACCGGCUGACCUGAGUGGCGAGCUGAGAAGAGGAGACCAGAUCCUGUCUGUAAAUGGCAUUGAUUUGCGUGGAGCUACACAUGAACAGGCUGCAGCUGCACUCAAGGGAGCGGGCCAGACGGUGGCGAUCGUUGCCCAAUACCGGCCUGAGGAACUUGCGCUGUGCUCUCCACGUCGGGCCGCGCCUCCAGCCUCAGAGUACGGGCGUUUUGAGGCCAAGAUUCAUGACCUGAGAGAGCAGAUGAUGAACCACAGUAUGAGCUCCGGAUCAGGAUCCCUCCGAACCAAUCAGAAACGCUCCCUCUAUGUCAGGGCCCUGUUUGACUACGACCGGUUGAAGGACAGUGGCUUGCCCAGUCAGGGUCUUAGCUUCCGUUAUGGAGACAUCCUGCAUGUGAUUAACGCGUCUGAUGAUGAGUGGUGGCAGGCGCGGAGAGUCACUCCAGAUGGAGACAGUGAGGAGAUGGGGGUCAUCCCCAGUAAGAGGAGGGUGGAGAGAAAAGAGCGAGCUCGGCUGAAGACAGUCAAAUUCAAUGCAAAGCCUGGCAGCAUUGACUCUAAAGGGUCAUUCAGUGAAAAACGUAGAAAGAACUCCAUCUUUUCACGAAAGUUCCCUUUCUACAAGAACAAGGAGCUGGAUGAGCAAGACGGCAGUGACUCAGAACGGAGCCAAGAGGAUGUGAUCCUCUCCUAUGAGCCUGUGCUUCGGCAAGAAAUCAACUAUGCCAGACCCGUGAUCAUUCUGGGGCCCAUGAAAGACAGAAUCAAUGAUGAUCUCAUCUCUGAAUUUCCAGACAAGUUUGGCUCAUGUGUGCCACAUACUACAAGAGCGAAGCGAGAUUAUGAAGUCGAUGGGCGAGAUUACCACUUUGUCACCUCGCGAGAGCAAAUGGAGAAGGACAUACAAGAGCACAAGUUCAUCGAGGCCGGACAGUACAAUGACAACCUGUAUGGAACCAGCGUCCAGUCAGUCAGAUACGUGGCUGAGAGGGGAAAGCACUGCAUACUUGAUGUAUCAGGAAAUGCCAUAAAGAGGCUACAAGUAGCACAACUCUACCCUAUCGCCAUCUUUAUAAAGCCUAAGUCCAUCGAAUCAUUAAUGGAGAUGAACAAGAGGUUGACGGAAGAGCAAGCCAAGAAGACAUAUGACCGGGCCAUGAAGCUGGAACAGGAGUUUGGCGAAUACUUUACAGCACUGGUGCAAGUAGACACUCUGGAGGAUAUUUACACUCAGUGUAAGAUGGUAAUCGAGGAGCAGUCAGGACCUUAUAUCUGGAUUCCCUCCAAAGAAAAGCUAUAAGGAAGAAACUCCCCUACCAGGGACCUCUGAACUGCAAAAAAUAAAAAAUAAGCAUCAUUUGUAACAUAUGAUAAAUUAUUAUGGUAAUGUUUCUUAUUGAUAAUUAUAGUGAAUAUAAUUUCAUUUGUUUGUUAGUUUAUCUGUUAUGUUUGCAUUUUUUUUUUCACUUUCAAUUUGAAUGUUUCUGAAUGUACACCACAAAGUGUUGGAGACAUUUUUGGCCUCGAAAAAAGGACUGUUUGUAUAUAUUGGAUAGUAUUUUUCAUUAAGAAAAAAAAGUUAUCAGACGCAUCAAAAUGUACACUGGCCAUUUUUGUUCAUGUUAAUUCCGGUUGGAGUUUGAACUGGAAGGACGGAGCAGACAGGGUCAGGACUGUGGAAGAUGGAUAAUCUUCACAUCAUCUCAAUUCUUGUCAUUGUAAACGAUAUCAGUUUCGCUCGCUUCAUGUCCGGCUGCUGCCCUGCAGGACCCUUCUCCCCACCAUCAGCUCACUCUGCAGCGUUCGACAUCUCUCCCACUUUGGAUCUAUGCAUUCCACUUUUCCUUAUUUGUACAAUGAUUUUUUUUGUAUUUAUUUUUGUUUUAUGCCAUCCCCUUUAUUUAAGUGUUUUCUUGAAGAUUUUUAAUUUCAAGUUGUACACGUAGGUCUGGAAUUAUCUGAAAAAGUCGAAUGAUGCUUUAAUUUGUGUGAACUGUAAAAAGGGAUACAGCUAGGUAUAGGCACUAUAUAAAUCAUUAUAUGACACUAUAUUUUGCUAUUUAUAUUGAUUAUAGGGCACAACAAAACAGAACUAUUUAUAAAUAUGUAUAACUUUGUUUAAAGAACACUUUUGAAAAAGAUUUUAUUGGCGCAAGAUACAGUGGUGUGUCGUAAGUAGGAGUAGAAAUGGUUGGGGUGUCAUGCAUCCUGUGAGAACUAGUCUUCAUUAAGGAAGUUUGUGUGUGUGUGUGUAAAAAAAAUAUAUAUAUAUAUAUAUAUAUAUAUAUAUAUAUAUAUAUAUGGUGGUGACCAAUAGUUUUGGAGGAUUUUUUUGCUGAUCAAACUCAUGCUUGCUGAUUGCAAAAUGCAAAGUACAGAAAUGCAGAUGUUUGGUGUUGUCUAAAUUUUGGCUUCCGGAGAAGUCACAGAAAGUAACAGCUAACGGAGGAACUGUUCCGUUUUGUUGCUGAGGUUGGUGCCACUGUUUCCUGUGCCAGGCUUAUCUCUAUUAAAAAGUUACAACAAAAAACAGGCUUUAAACAUAUACGGCAGAGAUGUGUGUGGGUGUGCGUUUGUUUGUUUGUUUGUUUGUACCUGUACACAUAUUUUAUGCGUAUGUGCGCAUACCCUUCUUAGAACUAGGACUAAGAAUUAGCUAGCGUUUUUCUAACGGAAAAUCUAAGCCACAAAGGUUAAAACGCAUGUGCAGAGCAGGAAAUCAUAUUGUUCCAGUGUUCACACUGACAAUGUGUCAUGUAGAGGCCUGCUGAUUUAUUGGUCACCACUUGCCUUAAAGAUGAAUGCUUUUUGACUGGGAGAGAGUUUUUCUACAUGUUGCUCUGAUUGACUGCAUUUAUGCUGGAUUUCAUUAUAAUUCAAAUGUGUGACAGACAAUGUGAGAAUGUUGAGAGAAAGUUAAGAAAGCAACCAUAAUCAUGAUCUACAUAAAGAGUGAAUGAAGUUUUGUGGCGUCCCAAUGCCCUUCCAAAUAGAAUCAAAUAUAAAGUAAAUUUUAUCAAAUGUCCCUGUUUUUAUGCAGCAUAUUGUUCCUAAAAUUGGAACUGUUUAUAUGUUUAAGGCCUGAAUAUGCUGGAGGAUGAACUUCAUUGUUGGGAAUCUUACAAUCACAUUUUAUGAAGGAAAAAACAAAAAAAUGCCUGCCAGCAGACCGUUCACUGCAGCAAGCCUAGCACACACACUAGAAGAGACAAAGCAAUAAUUUGCAUAAAACCUAUCUAUCUAAAUUCCUUAUUAUUGUCACAGUGGAGUUGCUUGUGAUUCAGAUAGCAGCCAAAACAUUUGACCGUCCUUUCAGUGUAUCCAGGCCUUUGUACUUUCACACUGUGUUUCAUGUUAUUGUAUCCCGUUUCAUCACACCAUUUCAAAUGAGUGUCAAAUAUUUAGCUGAUUUCCUUCAGGAUGGUUUGUAAGACAUCACCUUACAGACCUUACAGACUGUGUGCACUGGAGAGAGGGAUCCUGCAGCAUUACGGUGCUCCUUGUGUCAUCUAGUCCCCUAAAACAGUCACCUAAUAAACAACUGACAGAAAUGGAGCCGUAUUUUUUCUCAGGGUUGCCACAUAGGGCGUAAUGACUAAUCAAACCAAACCCCAGAGAGCAACGUGUUAAAAUUAGUUACAAUUAAGGCCUUUUGUUUCUCUCCUGAUCUUCCUUAGCACACUAAAGUACUGUACUUAACUAAAAUAGGAUUAUACUUCCCCCUCUUCUUCUUUCAUGCCUAAUAUUGUGCAAUGUUGUAAAUAUGUUCCAUUAGCACUUUAGUCAUACUGGAAAUAAAUUCCUGCCCAGCACCUUUUUAGCCUUUAUUUCUCUUGAAACAUUUUAUGCUCCCCUUCACUUCAUUGUACAUAGAGAGUUGUUUCAUUCCAUGGGUGUAAACAUUUAAAGCACACAUCAUGUUAUCAAUCACUGACAUACUGUAUGUUCUUAUAGAAACAGGUUUGUUCUUUUUGUAUUUAUAUUUUCAAGGAAAAAAUGGAAGGAAGUAACAUGUCCUUUGCAUCCUGUUGCAGUAUGUAACCCAGUUGCUUUGAAAUGUCACAAUAAACCUUUGCUUUAGGCAUAUAUGAAGGCACUCCACUCAUGUCUACUAAUGUAAAUUAAAGAUUUGGUGGGACUUUUCCACACAAACUGA